CAUCUUGGGAAACAGGCUGUUGUAAACAUGGCGGCCGCAGUAGGCAGAGUUCUGUCCUUCAGUAGAAAUGCGAAGGUGCUUGUUUCGCCUUUGAAGCUGUCUGCUGUACCUGUUCACCGGUACAGUCUAGAGGUUUCUUCUACCGGCGAGGCUAUUACUCACACCGGACAGGUGUAUGAUGAAAAGGACCCCAGGAGAGCCAGAUUCGUUGGCAGACAGAAAGAGGUGAAUAAGAACUUUGCCAUCAAUCUGGUGGCAGAGGAGCCAGUGACCGACAUUGGAGCCAGGGUGGUGUCCUGUGAUGGAGGCGGAGGAGCACUGGGUCAUCCCAAAGUCUACAUCAACCUGGAUAAAGACACAAAAGUGGGCACAUGUGGAUACUGUGGACUACAGUUCAAGCAGAAGCAUCAUCACUGAACAUUUCCUCUGUCUUUGCUUCUCUGUAUAAAUUGCCAUAUUGGUUAAUAAAUUAUAUGUUGUCUGUC